GUGUCAUGUUUUGUUUCUUAUUCUGUCACUUGUCUAUACCCAAAUCUGUUUUCCUUAGCAUUUUUAAGUUUUGGAAUUAGCGAUUGAGAUUAUUUGAAUUUUUACUAAUGAGAAAAUGGUGAAACAUGUGCGAAGAUGAAUGGAAGAAAAAAGAGAUGAUUUCUAAGAAGUUCCACUCAGAUUCAGCCGAAACAAUAGCCUAAACCUCAAAUAUAACUGCCAAAAAUAUGCUAUGGACAAACAACUAUUAUUAAAUUGAGCGAGUUUUUCAAGUGAAUUGUGAACUAUGAUAACUUUGUCGCAACGUUUAAAACGUAAAUCACAGACUGACGAAGCCUCAACGGCUUCCAGAGCUUCAAUAAGAGAUAGACUUUUGGUUAAAGAAGCUCAAGAAAUGGCUCAACUCUUACCAGCAUGUUGUUCAAUACACUACGCCAAUGAAAAUGAUCUUAGUAAUUUUAUUUUGAUUGUAACCCCUACAGAAGGAUACUGGCAGGGUGGGACAUUUCGUUUUGAUAUAACUGUUACUGAUGAAUAUAACAUGGUUCCACCAGUAGUCAAAUGCUUAACAAAACUUUGGCAUCCAAAUAUAACUGAAGCAGGAGAAGUUUGCCUUUCUUUAUUGCGAAGACACAGCGUUGAUGGAAUGGGUUGGUCACCUAUUAGAAGGCUUAAUGAUGUUGUAUGGGGACUGAAUGCUCUUUUUACAGAUUUAUUGAAUUUUGAAGACCCCUUAAAUGUUGAAGCUGCAGAAAUGUUUAGGCACUCCAAAGAAGAAUUUAAACUGAAAGUGAUGGAAUAUGUAGCAAAUUAUGCAAAGGAAUAAGCGUGUAUUUUCUAAAUAAUUCAAAAUUCAUCACAAGUUUUACAUGUGGCUGUACUUGCUGGUUUUCGCGUUUUUCAUGUUUGCUACAUCUUCCGAAUUCAAUAACUUUAAAUACGUAUUCGAUGGAUGUUUAUUAUUGAAUAGGAUUUAUUAUUUUGUUUAUAUAUUUUACAAUUCUAAAUAAACUGUGGAUAUUUUAUUAA